AUUUAACCCAAUGGCUGGGUUUGUCCAUUUUCAACCCAAUUUGGGUUGUUUUUAACCCAAUAUUUUUUAGAGUGUUCUUUAGAUGAUUUAAAAUGUCAAAGUAAAAAUGGUUCUUUUAAGAACUGUUUACUGAAAGGUUCUUUGGGGAGCUAAAAUAUUUCUUCUAUGGCAUCGCUGAGAAAUAACCCUUCUGGAACCUUUAUUUUUUGACAUGUUAGCAACAGUCUGCACUAUUAAUUUAAAUGUCUGGCAACUCUGCGGCAAAAAAUUAGCCUAAUUGUAACUAAAACUGCCUGGAUUUAAUUUAAAAAAGUUAAUAGGAGCUUUUUCUGUUCAUCAGCAUCAAUUAGAUAUUGUCACUUAAUAAAUAAAUUAGAGUGUUAAGUAGGCUAUUUUAUGGCAUUGCUGGUCAUAUAAGUGCAGUUAUGAACAUGUAGAGAGAGUGUGAGGCGUGUGCGCUGAUCUGAUCUGAUGUGGGAGGAUAUUUGUUAUUCUAAGUAGUUCUCUGUAAAACAGCUGUAUUGUUCCACCCCGUCCCACUCACUCCGGGGAACCACUGGAAGUCAUUUCACCUUUUCUAUAAGCCACAAAACAGUGUGAAUGAACUCGUCACUGGGUUUCUGCGAGCGCUUUCAGACUCUUGUGAAUCGAUGAGUGGCGGUUGUUGAGUUUCGGUGUGAAUCCAGACAGGGAUCCAGUGUGUGUGUGUGUGUGUGUGUGUCAUGAGUGUGUGGGCUCUGCUGCUGGUCUCUCUCCUGCUGUGGAUCUUCACACAGGCGCUGGAGAGAAUCGAGCUCCAAGAGGAUCAUGCGCUCACCUGUGGACAGGGUAUAAUUCACUGUGAAGUCAUAUCAGUUGGCCAUACUUGCAUUUGGGACGACGAGCAUGUCUAUGUGAGCAGUCUAGACACCUACUUUGUUCAUUGCCAAAAGCAGGAGACCUGGAGCUUGUGCCUGAAGAUCCUGGUGAACGUCAUAGUCAGAGACGCAGGACAAGCUGUUACAGCCGAUGGCAGUGAUGAUGAAGAGGAAGAGGAAAUGCAUGGAAGCGCCACCGUUCAAGUGUGCUACACGUACCCUUCUCAGCGGCACACCACAACUGUCCACUUCACAUUCCGUUCCUCAGCAUUUGAUGACAGCACUACACUGAAGGUGUGGAUGUCUUUAGUGGUGAAGAUACCAGAAGCAAAGCUCGGCAGUACUGUCACAGUCCAUUCUCCAUACACAAACUCCACUAAACAAAUUCCUUCAAAAGAGGAAGCGUGUUCAAAGGGUCUAGAUGCCAUCUUCUGUAAACCACCCAGGCUGCACAGAAAAACUGACCAUGUGACAGGAGCAAUAAAACUGUAUGCGGCCGAUGCAGAUAAAUGGAAAUCCCAAAAGUUUUACGCAUGCCAGAGGCUGGACAGGAAUGGACGCUGUCUUAAGGUGGAAUGGAACAACGCUAGCCAUGAGUUUGAGAUUUCACUGAGCUCUGUCGCCCCCUGUCUGUGCUUUGAGAUAUGGGGGAACUUUCUUCGAACAGAGUAUUGUCCGUUUUUGAAUGAAACAGUCUCAGGCUCCAGCGUGUCAGUGUCUUUGGCAGAGACUGUAACUUAUCAUGAGCGGCCCGCUCUGGUCUGGAACCUCACCGCGCCCUGCAGGCUGGAGGCUGAGCUGUGGCUGUGUAGGAAGGGCUCAGGGCUGGACAGCAGCUGCCACGCAGUGAACACCAGCUCUCAUGUCCACACCCGCCAGAACGACAACUGGACCCAGACCGGCCACAGACACUGGUGGUUUCAUGGAGAGUUUCUACAAGUGGAACGUCAUCCUUUAUUAUGUGUGCAGGUUAAAGUGGCAGGAAUGGAAGGUUACGUGGGACCAGUGUGUCCUUUUGAAGUGAAGAGGGCUCACUGGAGCUUCCCGCUGGUGCUGUGUGUGCUGCUAGUGUGCCUGUCAGUGCUGGGAGCCUAUGCAGUGCAGGGAACACUGAAGAGUUGGGUGUUCAGAUGGCUGAAGGUGGAUGAUGUGAACACUUCGGUGGCGGCUGGUAUGGAGCUGCUUCUGGUGUGUCCUCCUGAUGCAGACGCCACCGUCAUUCAGCUGCUGUGCCGUCUGUGCUCAAGUCUCUCCGCUCUCGGCUUCACCGUGUCUCUGGACUUGUGGAACCGCUCCGAGAUCAACGCACUGGGUCCCGUGCCCUGGCUGCACUCCUGUCUGGAGCAGGUGCGGCGGCGCGGAGGCAAAGCGGUGAUGGUUCUGACCCCGGAAGCCUGCGAGCGGGCCAAGCGAUGGAGCUGUCGAGGAACGAAGCAGGAACCGGAAGAAGAAAAUGAGACCAACAGUGGUGUCCAAUCAUUAUUGUGCUCCGAAGUCUUUGAUGCAUCGCUGAGCCGCAUUCUGGGAGAUUAUCUGCUGGGUCGUGCGGGAGAGCGGUUUGUGUUGGCGCAGUUUGACGGGCGGUGCACUGCCACGGCCCUGCCAGAGUUUUUUCGGGGACUGCCGUUGUUCAGCUUGCCUUCCCAGAGUCUGGACUUCAUAACGGAGCUCACACGGGGGGCUCGUACGGGAAGAAAAGUGUGUGAGCGGUGGGAACGAGCGGGGGCGUUGAGGGCAGCGUCACGGGCCAUAUCAGGGGCGCUCCGAGAGAUCACAGGAGGCACCGGACACACGUGUGCAACACUCUCUCUGGACUCUGGGACAGAGAACGACUAUGAAACUGUCCCACUACAGGCAGAACAGUCGAGCCUUGCUCUCAACACCGAAACAAGCACUGUAGGUUGGGUCUAAACUAGUCUUAGACAGACCUACGAGUAAACGCCAUGAGGUCUGGUCCACGCCGAGCCUCGUUCUGGCCAGGAGCAAGAACCUUGUUAGGUCCCGUUGCUUGCCGAAAUCAUUUCAAUGGGCAUUUCGCAUAAGGGGGAAAAAGUUCCUCAUGCAGAUUUUGCUCAUGUUCAGGAAAUCCAAUACUUGUUUCUUACUAAUUUUGGGGUGCUGAUUCCAAAAAUAGUGCCUGUUUUGCAUAAGCACAUCACACUUUCUCACAAAAUAUGAUGUGCAUUUUGUUGCAUUUUUGCUUUCGACAACCAUUUGUAAGGUGAAGAAGACUUGCAUAAUCCCGUAAUCACCAGAAAAACUGCCACAAAGACAUGAUUCCCAGCUUACAACUGUUUGUUAAAUUCUCAGCCGUUUUUCACGUUUGACAUUGUAUUUGAUUUCAAGGUUAGAAUUAUGGCCAGUGACAGAAGAAAAUGCGAACACGAACCCAGAUGUUUUCUGCAACAUCUCUGAGUGUUUUACUACUAAUUUAUAAACUUUAUUUAUGUAAAUGUUCAUGUUUUUAGACAAUGGAGUUUUUUUUUUUGCUUACAAAUUCCCACCUAAAUGUUGUGUCUACACCUUUAUACAUGUAAAUGAAUGUUGAUUUGGGGCGUGUUCAUCUAAAAUAGAUUGUUCAUAACAUUCACUGAUCAGAAGAGCUGUGAGAGUUUAGGUGGCGGUUUCAGAUAUGAACUCGAUCUGACAUUGAUGUAAAUAUGUAUAUUGUAUGAUAUGUAAAUAUGCCUUAUCUCAAGCUCAGAAUAGAAGAAACACAAGGAAAACCACAACGGACCAGCUGAAGACAGACUUUUGCACACCUACACCUGUUCUAAAGACAAAUGUAGGAGAAGGGCAAGAUUGUGAGAGAAGUCACUUUCUUCUUUUGACUAGUGCACAAUUACAUUUCCAUGCCAUAUGCUGUAAAGGCACAAAGGCUACAUCUAAGUAACUCAGGAGGUAAUAAGCUAUUUCUCUUAUAUAAGCUGUAACUGUAAGAUUUUCAGUCAGAUGUCUGGCUGCAUGAAUGAUUUGUCUUUUUUUUUUCAAAAGCAAAGUUGUGUGUCUAUGCAGUAAAAAAGUGUAACAACUUG